CUUCUAACCCGAAAAGACGUUAGACAAGCUUUUGAGUUUUUCUUUUUGCCCCUGGCCCUGAAUCCGAGGAUAAAACGACAGACACGACUUUUCAAAUACUUAAACCACCAAAUUACUCUGAACCCCUUUCUUUCUCCGUGUUUACAAUUUGACCACCCGAAGAAAUAACUGUCUAUCACUUAAACUACCAUGGCCGUGAAACUGCUUAUGGGCCUGGCGAUGGCUGGCCUCAUCUCAGCGAGUUCCAGCGUGACUUCUAUGUUUCUCCUUGGCUUAGACCCACAACACUUGGAAGCUUCUAUCGUUGGGAAUGAUGCCACUGCGACAACCUAUAGUAUUACUUGUGCUCCGAGGCCGACCGUGAGCGUGAGCGAUGACGAUGACGAUGACUAUGAUUGUGGCUUAGGGCCUGGUCUCACUCUCACAGCUGCGUCGCCGACGACUAUCAUAGAGCUGAAUGAAAAGCCGGACUUUUUCUACACCGUCAACUGCUCCGUGGCCGGAACGACCUCUGCCGUUUGCACUGAAAUUGCCGGUGGGCCUGAGGCCAACUUCCCGGGAACUACUAUCUCAACUAUUCAGCAGAGCGAAAUGGCCUUCGUACCGGUAACGAUCACCGCUGGAUCUGUUACCAGCGUGGCUGCGACCGCGACCGCUUCGGCUACCACGACGGCCGAGUCGGGCAGUAAGGCCACUACCUCAGCGGCCCAGACUUCUUCGAAAUCUUCUACUUCCUCUUCGGGCUCGAGCUCCAGCUCUUCAGCUGUCAGCACCGGUGGUAUGCCCCAGAUUACUGGAGAUGCCGGUAUGCUGUUCGGUGGUGCUGUCGUGGCCUUGGCCGCUGCUGUUCUGUGAACACAGAGAGUAAUAUUUGGGUGAUUAGUCCACGAAGACGCCUGGCUACCCCAUCUCCGGUGAUUAAUUUGCUUUUAUACUUCGCCCAGGGACUAUGCUAUAAUGGUUUAGAGGCCUAAUAUGUAUAGUGGCACGGUCUCUUCUCGGAUGUACUUAUCACUUAUAUCACAUGUAUUAUACGACGCUUUGUAUAUGUAGUUACGUCUAAUGUAUAUGUCACAUGAGAGUUA